AUGCAAUUUUCCUCCAGCUUCUUCAAGACUCUGACCAACCAAACGGUCACCAUUGAGCUUAAGAAUGACAUCCGCAUCCGUGGUAUCCUGAAGUCGGUCGACCAGUACCUGAAUAUCAAGCUCGACGAUGUUGAAGUGCUUGACCUAGCCAAGUACCCGCACCUCUCAUCAGUGAAGAACAUGUUCAUUCGAGGCAGUGUUGUGCGGUAUGUGAUGUUGCCCCGGUCGGAGGUUGACGUGGGGCUGUUGGAGGAUGCUACACGGCGAGAGGCGGCCAACCAAGCUGGCAAAGCUCGCUAA